AUGCGGGCUUGUCCUCUCCACCUGGUCGCCCUGGUUAUGUGGACCUCGUUACUAAUGCUGGCCAGCAAAUGCAUGGCCAUACCCCUCGAAAUAAGUCAGGGGGACCACAUACCUCCUGCUCCAUCUUUUCCACAAAGCUUUUAUAGCAAUCUCGGCAGGCGGAACAUCCAAGACGAUACUCAUUGCAGCGAUACGCAGGCCGAUGACGCUUUGCAGCUCAGUCGGGAGGACAGAAUUGAACAGAACUUUUCCGUUCGACCAAGUGACUUGCGCAAGAGAGGUAGCGGCGAAGACGAUGUUGAAAUGAUCGACGCACUUCCCGAACUCCGUAACAGCGAAGGCGGCGACAUGAAGAUGACCGUCAAAGUAAUUGAGAAGUGGCAGGAUUUCCUGCGGACCUUGAGAUUGCUGAACGAAAACAGAGGGCAUAGUCCGAUAAGGAUUCAGGAGCUUAUUGACCAGAGGCUUGGUCCUCCUCGGACGAGAGAGGGAGACGAUUUAUCAACUAUGUUCCUCAUUCAUGUACCAUUGAAGGGUAUCGAUGAAUGGGUUAAUAACUUGAAGACCGAGCUCGAGGAUCGGCGGUUGUGCGGCUGGCUUAAAGCUGAGGUCCUUCCCAAGGGCAGAGCCACCUCCAAAGGCAGAGCUACCUCCAAAGCCAGGCCCAUCUGCAAAGCCAGACCCACCUCCAAAGCCAGACCCACCUGUAAAGCCAGACCUAUCCCCACGAUCCGAGCCACCUCGAAGGCCAGUUGCCGUCAAGUCACUAAGGAUGGAAUGGGAGUCGUCAAAAUUGUUCGAUACGUGCCUGAGGGAGCCUGGCCAGAGCCCGGGGGAGCACGCAAUCGCGUAAAGGGUCGGAUACUAACGACCGGACAGAGGUCCUGUUCGUCAGCCCCCAUUAUGGACAGCACAAGCCAUGAUAGUACGGAAAAAGCAGUCAAGUUCAACUGGGAGCACCUCGGCUGGCCCAAUGACGGGCAACCUGCGGAAAUUUCGUGGAUAAUAAAAGAUCAGUGGUACAGCCGUCCGAAAGGCAACGUAGACUUGAUUUUCUUCAACGUGCCCCCGGACGAGGGCAAUCGAGCGCUCACGUUCAUUGACAGGACGUGGCCCAUCGGUCUCACACCAAGUCCCACACCGGAGGUGCUCGUGUCGAUCGACGAGAACAAGAAGUCGCGCCUCAGGCUCCACCGACAGGAUGACUGGAUACGAUGUUAG